UCAGCCAGAGAGCAGGCUUUCUCCUCUCUCUGUUGCUGCUCUCCAUCGUUCUGCCUCUUUAUCUUCUCAUUCUCAGUGUCCCUCCAUCCUUCUUGUCACCUUUAAUUCUUGAACUCUCUUCUUUCUUUGCACUUCCUUUUCCCAUUUUUCUUCUUUUUUUCCUCAUCCUUAACAAUCCUAAGUGUUCAACACUUUUUCAGAUUGGAGUUUUUUUGACCCAAGGAAAAGGUUUUAUUUCUUUUUAUAUAUUACUGUUAAGAGUGUUGAAAGAAAGAAGGAGUGAAAUACGCAACAAAGGAAGAAUUAAGAAUUAAUUUGUGAAGAUAUGAUGAGCUGAUCUUCUCUUCUACAUUUGCUCCAGCUAUUCUUCCUGUUCUUCAUCUAUUUUUUGUUGUUUUUUCCUGCAACAAUUGGAAUGCUUAAUGUGGACUGAUGGAUGUUUCUGAACUGUGCAUCCCAGACCCCCUCUGCUACCACAACCAGUUGCUGACCAGAAUGCCCACUGACGACCGACACCUACCCUCCAGCUGCGGUUCUUACGUCAAAACUGAGCCUUCCAGUCCAUCCUCCUCCCUUGUAGACACCGGCAGUCAUCACAGUCCCAGCGGAAACUCAGACGCCAGUGGCGGCUACAUUAACGGCACCGGUGGACGCUCCCAUGCCCUAGACUCACCUCCCAUGUUCAACCCCAGCAUGCUCAGUGGAGGCAGUGCAUGCCUACGUCGUUAUGAGGAGUGCUCCGGCAGCAUGGCUGAUGACUCGCCAAUUAAGUGCGAGUACAUGCUCAAUGCCAUUCCCAAGAGGCUGUGUCUGGUGUGCGGUGACAUUGCCUCAGGCUAUCACUAUGGGGUCGCCUCUUGUGAGGCCUGCAAAGCCUUUUUCAAAAGGACGAUACAAGGAAACAUUGAAUACAGCUGUCCAGCUACCAAUGAGUGUGAAAUCACCAAGAGGAGACGGAAGUCCUGCCAGGCUUGCCGUUUCAUGAAAUGUCUUAAAGUUGGCAUGCUGAAGGAAGGUGUGCGUCUGGACCGAGUGAGAGGUGGGAGACAGAAGUAUAAACGUAGGUUAGAUGCAGAGAAUGGAUCCUACCUCGGCCUCACUCUACCUCCCCCAGCAAAAAAGCCCUUGACAAAGAUUGUUUCGCAUUUGCUGGUGGUGGAGCCGGAAAAGAUCUACGCCAUGCCAGAUCCGACCAUGCCUGAUGGUGACAUCAAAGCCCUGACAACCCUGUGUGACCUGGCGGACCGCGAGUUGGUGGUCAUCAUCGGCUGGGCCAAACAUAUCCCAGGUUUUUCCACACUUUCCCUGGCAGACCAAAUGAGUCUGCUCCAGAGCGCCUGGAUGGAGAUCCUGGUGCUGAGCAUUGUGUUUCGCUCACUGCCCUGCGAGGACGAGAUUGUGUAUGCAGAGGACUACGUGGUGGAUGAGGAGCAGGCAAGGAUCUCUGGCCUGUUAGAUCUUCACGUCGCCAUCCUGCCGCUGGUUCGACGCUACAAGAAGCUGCGCAUGGAGAAGGAGGAGUUUGUCACGCUCAAAGCCAUCGCGCUCGCCAACUCAGACUCCAUGCACAUAGAGAGUGUAGAGGCUGUCCAAAGACUCCAAGACUCUCUGCACGAGGCUCUGCAGGAUUACGAGGGAUCCCAGCACCCAGAAGACCCCCGAAGGGCAGGAAAGCUGCUGAUGACCCUGCCUCUGCUCCGUCAGACCGCCACAAAGGCUGUUCAGCACUUCUACAGCAUUAAAAUGCAGGGUAAAGUUCCCAUGCACAAACUAUUCCUUGAGAUGUUGGAGGCCAAGGCCUGACAACUGGAGCAGCUGCAGACUUCAGUCAGAGACAAGAAACACAACAUAAGAAAUAAAGGUGGAGUGCCAAUUAACAGCCAAAGGAUGACGUUGGGCUCUGAAGUCAUUUUAUCUAUUUAAAUAAGAGCAAAAUUUGAAGAAAAAAAAAGACGUGGAAUAAUUUUUAAAAGGAGGUGAUAUGAACUAAACAAAUGUUUGAUGUUGUUUAUGUAUAAAGGGAUGUACAGAAAUCAGAAAACUGAGGUCUUGAUAUAACCAGAGACCCAUUGCUCUAUAUCAACUGAAUCUUCUGUGAAUCUGUUUAUUUUUCUUUUAAUCUCAAAAUGAAAAAGUGAUAAUAUAAAGACGUGUACAGCAACGUAGCCACAUUUUGUGUUCUAGUUUCUUCUGUUUUCUUUUCUCACUUGUUCCAGCAAUAGACUGUAACUGGUCUAGUUAAAAAAUGUACUGUAAGUUUUGUGAAAUUUCACUAAGGGAAGGGGAGAAAUAUUAAAUGCUUCCUAAACUUAUCAUUAAAUGAUCAUCUUCGUGUAAUUACCUCAUAGUUAAUUCAUCGACUAUUGUAAUCAGCUUGGUAUUUGAUCAGCUCUCAUUGGUCACUAAAGGUCUGUCUUAAUUGUUCACUCGUUCAAAAUAAAGUCAGAAAUUUAAUAACAGCUUUCAAUUGACAUUUCACCUCCUUUGUAGUCAAGCAGAAAUGUGUUAGCCGUCAUGCUAAUACCCACAGCUAAUUAUUCUGAAUUUAAAAUUUCUAAUGUUUGGAACAUUUUUAAAUAAUUUUGUAUUCCAAAAAAAUAAAUUCUAAAUGGCCAUUAACCUGAGUUUAAAAUGACCUUUUUCAAAUUUAGGUCUAGGAGCUGACUGUGGCUCAAUAUGGCACAAACCAUGUGUGAUCAUUGUGCAGUGGCUACUACAGUAUCUCUGAGUGGGACGGCAUUUUAUGGGCUUUUAACGUGUUCUGCGCUUGACCAUUUUGUAAAACUUAACUGCUACCAAGAGCAAUACAUUUAUUUGUUAUUAUUUGUUCAGGGCUUAAGCAUAUUGAGCACAUUACAAUGCAAGACCAACUCUACUAUUUACUUUGUCUUAUGAAGCAUUUCUAAAUAAAAAGUUGAUCUUGAUAAAGGGAAAGAGCAUCAAGCUAUGUCAAAACUGCACCUUUAAAUUGACUUUAAAUGUAGAAGCCUGCCUAGAAGCCCAGUAACACAUCUCAUUUACUGUAAGCUCUAUUUUAAAACCUUUCCCCUUCUAAAAAGAAAAAUAAAU